AUGCCUCGUCUAAUCAAACCUCUUUCGAUACUUUGUAUUAUCCUUUUCCUCCUUUCUUUAUCCCAUUACCUCUUCACAUCUUCAAUAGCAACAUCGUUAACAAGUCAAUGGCGGAACGUUCCUACUACCACCCCUACCUCCUUCUCAGCUGACUCACUUAAAAACACUAAAGCCGAAAGACCAAAAUCCCCAGGAGGAUGGUCGAGCGAUACUUAUACCCAUUCCGGAUUAACGAUAGACCAUAAAGGUUUGAUUCACUGGAAAGAACAUGAACACAAUUAUGAAUCACAUCCUAUAGGAUUGUUGAUUGAGAGAGGGAAAGAAUUAGCUCGGCUCCAAAAGGAUAAGAUUGAUCGAAUACGAAAUUUGAAAGACUCAUAUGGAGAUUAUCAGGAAGCUUUUGGUAUGAAUCCACCUAGAGGUUUUGAUGUUUGGUACACAUUUACGCAAUCAUUUAAACUAAAUACAACACCUGUCCCAUCUUUGAUUCCUUUAGCUCAUAAUCCAAUCUUAUCUUUCCUUUCUCUACCUGUUAACGUAUUGAGGGAAAGAAUAGAAGAGGUGAGGUUGGAAGAUAAGAUAUACACUAUCACCUUUGUUCCACCUGGAGAGGGAGAUAAAGGAACGGCAUGUGAUGCAAACCAGAAAUGGGUUGCGGCAGACAUGACCAGUCGGGGGAAAGGAAGAGUCGUCGUUCAUGGUCAAGCAGCUUGGGAUCACAGAUGCAAUAAUACUCUCAGUCUGAUCUUACCUAUCUUACCCUUGCUUCCGAAAGAGUUGUUCACAAUGAAACCUCCAUUGGUCAUACCGUUUUCAAUAGAUGAUGGUCCAAGAGGGAUGGUUCAUAACUCAUUUAGAGAGAAAGCUGAAUCUUUAGCCAAACGUGGGAAAGCAUGGCCAAAAGCUCAAUUGGACAAAGCUGAACAGUCAAUGAAAUGGACAUUUGGUUGGGCAUGGACAUGCCCUGAAGGAUCACCAUUGAAAUCCCAAACAACAGAUGUAGUGUUGAAUGACUUACCUGAACCUGAGUAUCUAACUGGCGGAGAAGUGCGAAAGUCUUUUAUAGCAGACUUUGAUAAAAGCGCAGAUUGCUGUUCAAAUCCUGAACUGAUGAACUACUAUCGUGCUGCAGUAGAUCUGGUCCCUGUGAUUUCCACUUGCAAGACCAAGUGGCAUAGUGACAUACUUGGGAUACCUACGGAUGAUAUGUUUGAGGAAUCCGAACACAAGAAAUGGGAAGACAAGACCAUUGCCAAAGUUUUCUGGCGAGGCUCGGCCACGGGAAUGGAUCAUUCACGUCAAACACCAUGGAGACAAUCUCAACGAGAGAGAUUACACUUUUUCUCUCAUAACGUCUCAUCAUCAAACGAGAUGACUUCAGUCAUAUUACCUAACAACGAGCUCGAGGAAUAUAGGAAAGAAGAACUUGACAAUUGGCUAGAUAUAGGAUUGAGUGGAGUCCCACUUCAGUGUCAUGAAGAAGAUGGGAGCUGCGAAGACAUGCGUAGAGAAAUCGAGUUCAUGGGAAGAGUGAAGAAGGAGGAUUCGUUGAAGUAUAAAUACGUCAUGGAUGUUGAUGGAAACGGAUGGAGUGGAAGAUUCAGAAGACUGUUGAGUGAUGAUAAUGUUGUAUUCAAAAGCACUUUAUUCAUUGAAUGGUAUAAUGAAAUGUUAAUUCCAUGGUAUCAUUAUGUUCCGAUCAAAUUAGAUUAUUCAGAUAUUCACGAUAUAAUGGCAUUCUUCGUUGGUUCUCCAGAUGGAACUGUAAAGGGACAUGAUGAAUUGGCUAGGGAAAUAGCUAAGAAUGCAAUAGAGUUUGUCGAUACGAAAUGGAGACUACAAGACAUGCAAUCUUUCAUGUUUUUGUUAUUAUUAGAAUACUGGAGAUUAAUGUCUGACGAUAGACAAGCAGCUUCAUUCGAAAUUCAAAGUUGA